AUGUUAACCGUUGUAUGCGCGGACGAUAAUUGUAAGUGGAUGUUUCGUGCUUCGAGUGUCAAGCAGUCCGCCAUCUUCAUGAUCCGCAAAUUCAACAAUGUGCACACAUGUUCCAUAGAUUAUCGCCGUAAUGCACAUCGAAGUGGCACUAGUUCCAUAAUUGCUGAGCAGAUUAUGGGGAAAUUGGAUAAUACGUACGGAUUGUAUGAUCCUACCGUUAUUGCUCGUGACAUGGAACGCGAGUUUGGUGUGAAAAUUAGUUACCACCAAGCACGUAGGGGAAAGGUUGCUGCUUUACAUAUGCUACAUGGUACAUCGGGUUAUAGCUUUCAAAAACUCUCUUCCUACUGUCACGUCCUAGGAGAGAGUAACCCGGGGACAGUAACACACAUCGAAAUAGAUUCUCGCAACAUGUUUUACUACUUUUUCCUAGCUCUCGGUGCAAGAAUUCGGGGUUACCUGCACUACCUGAGGCCCGUUAUUUGUGUUGACGAUAGUCACUUGAAAGGUCUGUACAAAGGUACCCUUCUACUAGCAACUGCCCAAGAUGCCAACAAACAGAUUUAUCCGUUAGCGUGGGGAAUCGUUGAUGUCGAAACAAAUAGAUCGUGGAUGUGA